UGAAUAUCGGCAGUAUAGAUAUAUUUAAUGUCGCGUGAACUGUGUUCAUUUGCAAUAUUCAAUGUAUCCCUGAGAUAAAUAUGGCAAUUCUUAAUUAAUCCGGAGUGUAAAGUUCAACACUUCUGACACUGUAUGGAAAGUAUUAUCUACACAGCGUGUAUGUACAAAAUUCGUGUAUGCUCAGUAAGGGCCGGACGAACCACAGCUGCCCAAACGCCAGGUAAAGUUGACUCUGGGAGAUAACACGCAUUCCUCUGGAGAAUUCUUCACAAGGUGCGUUUUUCUGUGCCUUUUUAUUUUCGAACUUUUGUGACCACAAGGCAACCCCAAGAAGAGAGAAAACAUCGGGGCUGAACGUAGGAAAGCUUUGUCCUGACCAGUUUAUAGGUUACGCUUGAGCAGUUUGGCCAAAUAUGUCGCGAUGUAAUUAUUACGAGUGACCUUAAUCGCUAUUGCUUUGGGUGAAGUGUGUGUGUGACGGAAAACCAUUCAGUGGUGCUUAUUUGAUAUUUACGGGUGAACAGAUUUCACUGAGCCGACGGAAAAAUGACAGGGUGGUUGUCCAGCCGCAUGGAAUUGCGACGAUGACUCUCGAAUAAGAGAUAUCAGGGUCCGAUAUCACUUCACUAAAGUGUUUGAACAGGAUAUAAUAGGCCUACCUCAUGCAAAAUGAUGAUAUUACAAAACGACACAAGGGUGCUGAUGUUCGAUUGGACAACGCGGGCACUGUGAAACCCUCAGCCGUGUGAUAACCCGUUAUCUCUCAGGAUGAUAUCAGGGCAAAGGAAGUCGCCACUUAUCGUACCCCACACGGAGAAAUUCCUAAGACUUGGGAGAAACACCCCGACCCCCAUCACCACGCCCGUUCCCUCAGACCCCCGUCUGUCCCCACGGGUGAUGGUCGACGUCGAUCUGUCGUUCGUCAGGCCCCAGAACGUGGAUACUGCAACCGUUGUGAACCACUACCUCCGGAGUCGAACCCCGACCCCCUCCCCACUGCUGUCUGAUUCUGACACCUCACGGGAGGGGAAGGGGGCGGUAGCAGGGACAGGGAAGAAGGAGACGCAUAUAAAACAGGCCCAGUUAAAUGCGUACGUUGCCUGGGUGAACUCCCAACUGAAGAAGCGACAGGGGAUCCGCAUGGUGGAGGAUCUGCGUGUGGACAUGCGAGAUGGGGUGGCCCUGCUUCACUUGAUCGACAUCGUUGGUGGAGAGAAGCUGACAGGGACGCACCCCGAUCCCUCUGGGUAUGGGGAGAUGAAGGAGAACGUCGAGAAGGUGCUACAGUUCAUGUGUAAAAGCAGAAUAAGGAUGCAUCACACUAACGCAGCAGAUAUUGUGGACGGCAACUUGAAGGCUAUCAUGCGUCUCAUCCUGGCGCUAGCAGCUCACUAUAAGCCCAACAGUGUCAAACACUCCGCUUACCAGCACUAUCGUUCACCAAGCAAAGGAAACCUGGCCGGGAUUGCACAGGGUGCAUCAGCAGCGUUAGCGGAUGCACGCCGCCAUGCAGCACGUGCCGGCCACCGUUAUCGCCGCAGUAGGGACGCAGCCUUCAAUGAGCGACGGAAACGCCUAAGUCCAGAGUACUCAGAAAUUUCAAGCAAAAUGUACCAGGAGAGUAGUUCCGACCAGUUCAGUGAGUCAGAUGAAUGUUACCGCCCAACAAGUCGGAGCCGGGCUCGUCAUGCUCGGCGUGACGUGGAGGGCAGCAGUAGCAGCCCCACCACUAGCAUCUACGGCAGCCCUCGCUCCAGCGCCAACCUCGACAAGCUGAAGGCAUCAUCAAGGGAUAGUCUGAUAUCUCGUAGCAAGUCCACUGACUAUGUCACAGCGAAAGACAGUGGUGCUGAGUUUGAGGACACGAUGACGAUGAUUGACAAGACACAAUAUGAGGAACUGCUGAAUGAGUACACGGAACUGGCUACGGCCAUGAAGGAGACGAGGCAGGAGCUGUCUAAACUACAAGAUCUGCUCCUGAGCGGCAAGGCUCCAGAGGGGGACAAUGAGAAGCAGGAAGACACAUUUGAAGGCUGCACACCACACGACAGAAUAGCGGUGUUGCGGAGUCGGCUGCUGCAGCAGAGUGAGCUGUGCGAGGACUUGAGGUCGGAGCUGUCCAAGUCGAAGAACGAGUGUAUGCAGCUCCAAGGGACAAGGUCCGGCCUCCAACAUCGGCUCUGUGAACAGAACAUCUCUCUGUCUGCUCUUAAGUCAGAACUCCUGCAGAAGGACUUCCAGAAACAGAACAUGGAAGCUGAGAAGGCCAGCUUGUUGAAGCAGUUGCAGGAGCGGGACAAACUGAUCUCAGACAUCAAGAAGGACAUUCAGAAGCGUGACAACAAGAUCGACACUCUCCAGCAUGACUUGCUGCUCCAGAUUCAGGAGAAGGAGUCCACCACUCGCUGUCUCAAGUCUCAGAUUCUGGACCUCCACAACAAGCUGAAGGUGGUCGGGGAGACAGGGGCCACACUGUCUGCGCAAGUUGCCACUCAAGAUAAGAGAAUGGCCAAGUUAGAGGGUAAAAUAUUCCAUCCACACCCAGAAAACGGAAGUCCCACCUCUCGAAGUAGCGGGCCGGACGAGCUCCAGGCUGUGCGUGAGUCGCUGCAGAGCCUGAGGCUUCAGUACCAACCCACAGACCCCCAGUACAAGUCAGUAGACAGUCUGGAGCACAGCAUUGCGUCACUCCUAGAACACCUGUACUCCUUCAGCAACUGUGCCACACCCGUCAACAGGUCCAGUGUCAAUUCAGUGGAAUCAUCACCAAAGAGAAUGAACUACGACAAGGCCAGUGAUGUGAGGAGAGCCUCCAACAGUUCCGCUACAGGUAACAAGUCCUCAGGUUUCACGGUGAACCAGCUUGGACGGUCUACCCUCUAGGGACAGGUGUGUACUAAAGUGCUGUACUUCACGGACAAGAUGGUCACACCCUUCAUGUGCACCAUAUACAAGAGACUGGGGGAGAUAAAUCUAAAGGACUUCAAGGAGCUAUUUGAGAAGCCGAACCAGUUCCGGUACCACUUCAAGGCACUGGAUCCAGAAUAUGGCACUGUCAAAGAGGAGAUCUCCAAUGAUGAUACUAUCAUCCCUGGCUGGGAGGGGAAGAUUGUUGCCUGGAUUGAAGAGGAACAGAGUACGGCCUGCUGAGCACAGUCGUCAGGACAAUAGUGUUUAUUUCAUAUCGGAAGUUGCUGGGGACUGAUUGCAGGAAGUAACUCUGACAAGUAGUGCUAUGUGCUGUGUCGCCUCAGGAGAUGAGUUGUCAAGAGGAUAGUAUUUAUCAAUUUUGUUGGAUUUUCCUUGAGACUUUUUUAAGGAAUGGAAUAUAAAACCCUACGACUUAACACAGACGUGAUAUUGGAAGACUGUCUCAUAUGUUGUUGAGAUAAUAGUAUGCGUAAACAGAAUUGAAUUCUGGAUGUUAUUGGAGGAUUUUAUCGAAGGACAAGGGAGGAUAUUUUAUCAGACUUACUUACAAGGGAGAGAACUCCUACUACGGCAGAAUGUGAUUGUUUUUCAAACAGAAGUAAUAAUAUUUCCCCAAAUGAAAAGAUACAGACAUGUAGAGAAUAUUCCAGUUAGAAGUUGUUGAGAUUCAGACCAACAACCACUUCCUCUCACAAAAACUACCCAACAUUCCUGUGACACAUUCUGGAAAGAUUGGAUACUUCAGGACUACAACACACAGCAUUCCAACUCAUAUGUUCCCUAAAUCGAACACAACCUUAACCAAAGCAAAGACCAUGUACGGAAAUGGUCCCUGGUCAGACUCCGACACCAAAACCAGUUGUCCAGUUGUUUCUGAUUGCUGCUGUUCAUGUGGGUUACGUUUCUCUCGACGAUAUUCCUGCUUCAUGAUAGAGUCAGCCGAGGUAGGACCUGCCUGAUGCUGUAGAACUCCGUGCAACAUUUGGCAAAGGUUUCCAGCCAGGAUUAGUCGUGGGAUAAAGUGUCGGCUUACAAGUUGAGCUGACGCUGAUUUCUGCUAAGCAAGCAGGCUUUUGUUCAUGUGUUUAUAGGAAGGUGCUUCAACAAUGCUCUCUUUUCUUCAGUGUUUUAACAAGGCUUGGCCACUGCAGGAAGGUUUCUGUUAAUGGUAGUGAUAUGACAAUUAUUUUAAUGAUUGCAAUAGACCACGUGGAAAACUUAAUGGAGUGGUUUCCCAAAUGUUUUUUGCAUGUUUCAAAUGUUUGAUGGUCGACAACUUAACUGAGUUUUGUACUUAUGUAAAGAAUCUGCUGGUAGUACUGAUUCAGAAAAUUGUGUAGGUUAAAGAGAGGUGUUAUAUAACGCUGGGUGGAUGUGACGUGCGGAUGAGGAUAUGCAGCUUAGUGCAGGUGUCAAACAUUAUGUUUAGCCAUCUGUGAUGAAAGGCUAGAGGUCAAACACUAUGUCUAGCCUGUUGUCAUGAAAGGGUAAGAGUGAUACAAUGUGUCGAACAUUAUGUCUAGCCAGUUGUCAUGAAAGGAUAAGAGUGAUUCAAUGUGUCAAACAUUGUCGCUAGCCAGUUGUCAUGAAAGGCAAGUUGCCACACAGUGUGUCAAACAUUGUCUCUAGCCAUCUGUCAUGAAAGGCUAGAGGUCAAACACAGUGUCAAGCAAACUGUUUUGAAAGCCAUGUGUCACACCAGUUGUAAAAUGUUGUGUCAAGCAAGCCCUUUUGAAAGGUCUGGUGUCAAACUCAUGGAAGGAUAGGUGUCAUGAAUGGCAAACAAUGUGUCAAACAUUGUCAAACAAUAUGUCAAGCUAGAUGAUAAUAUUUUAUUCAGAUAUUUCAGGACAGGUAAGAGUUAUGAAAUAGGACCCUUAAGGUAUGUCACAUGAUGUGUCAUUACAAUUGUUAUGCCGCUCCUUCCAUGUGAGGUGUUACGACACAGGAGUGAUGAUACGGAAAGUAUCACCCUUAGAGAGGAAACAUAGUUAUCAUAUGAAUAUUGUCAUUGGUACAUAUGAUGAUAUAAGGGAAUUACUUCCAUGAGAACACCCAUGAAUACCAGAAAGAUUGCAGAUUCAGCAUUUAAACAAUUAUCAUCCUCAUUCCAGUGAGACGUAGAGACUUUUACCAACUGUGUAUACCAUCACACGAGACACCUGCAACCAGUACUGAUUUUCUGAACCAGUUUUACCAGUAAUACUGUUCAAGAUUUUCGGAAUUUUUAUGACAGUGUUUCAUUACAAACAUUUGACACCCUGUGAAUUUGGACUUAUGCAGUCCUCAAAUCAUCGUCUCCUCUGGGGCCAGGCUGUGUCGUGAUUGUCUGACAUCAACCCUCCUACUGCCUCAGUUGCCAAAUAUCCAUUGUUUGAGAAUGUUUGUGUUGUCACCAUCGCCCAUCUGCACUGGUUUAGUCUGUAUCCUGUAAGCAGCCAUCAGUCGUCAUGGAAACAAAGGGGCACCUGCUAAACCCUGUACCUGACCAUUCACAUUGUAUCAAAACAUGAACUAAUCUAACAUGACACAGAUGAUUUCUGUAAGGCAUUGAGGCUAGUUCAGUUGAUUUUCUUGCUGCACAGAACUAAAUUUGACUUAAAUUUUAAAAAAGUAUAAAAAAAAUGAUUUAAAUAUUGAUUUUUGUUAAAAUUGUAUUUUCAUUUGCAAAGUGUAUCUGUGAAACAAGAUAUGAAAGUGUUCUAGCCUUUCACAAAACCUUGCCUUUCAUGUAGGCUGUGUUAAAAACAUUAUGUCAUUGUCACUUCAGAAGUUCUCAGAUAUUAACAGUUGUCGUGUUUGCAAAAUAUGUGUAGAAUCACUACUGUGUGGACGCCACAUCUAGCCACACGAAGGCAAGCAAGUUACUAUGUCCAGCUUUAAAUUUCAUUAUCUUCAGAGGGGCCGUGGUGUAGCCAAGUGGUUAAAGCACUGGCUCAUCAUGCCGAAGACCCGGGUUUGACCCACAUGUGUACAUUGUGUGAAUCCCAUUUCUGGCAACCCCGCCGUGAUAUUGCUGGAAUAUUGCUAAAAGUGGCGUAAAAUCAUACUCACACACUCGUUAUCUUCCGAACCAUUAACCAUUACAUUGCGACAUUUGAGCAUUUGAGGGUGAUGUUGGUGUUCCCCAGUGUCCUUGCCUAAUGUCUUGUUCCACAAAGCGCUGUGACUAUCGUAGGUCUAUGUAUGAGAGUUACGAUCACCUUUCGAUCGCUCUGUGGAACCGGAAUCAGGCCCUGAGUGGUUGAAUGUCUGUGUCGUGUCGGAGUGUCAAGACACAACUCUAUAAGUGCAAUAAUCGCAGAUGUUAACUGAUAUUUUGAAGGCAUAUUCAAAUGAAAUUGAUUUUUGUCGAGUUACCCAUCUUAUUUCAUUUUGUAAUUUCGUCAGUUUUCUCCAUAAUGAAUAUGGAGGAUUCUGUUCAUAUGCAUUCAUAUGUAUGAGAAAUUUGAACCAUUUUCUUUUGUAUUUUUGUCAGUUUUCUCCUUGACAUAUGGAAGAUAAUGGCUCGUUAGAAUUCAAAAUCUUAGAAGGGAGAUAACCCUUGUAAACAUUCUAUUUUGUAUCUUCGUAAUUCUGGAGAAUUCAAAUAUAUGAGAAGGGAGAUAACUCUGGUCACCAUUCCAUGUUUCUUUGGAAACUGUUGACGGUUCAUUUAUUCUGCUUCUGUAAUGCUGCAUAUGUAUUCUUGUAUGAUAUGAGAGACGUAUUCUACAACUCGUGCUGAUCAGAUGAUACUGUGAAACUGUUAACACUGCAUCUGUUAGCUCUGCAAUUGUUAGCUCUGCAAUUGUUAACAACAUGCAACUGUCAACACUGCUGUUGUUAACAAUGUGCAUCUGUCAACACUGCCAUUAUUAACAAUGUGCAACUGCCAUUAUUAACAAUGUGCAACUGUCAACACUGCCAUUAUUAACAAUGUGCAACUGUCAACACUGCCAUUAUUAACAAUGUGCAACUGCCAUUAUUAACAAUGUGCAACUGCCAUUAUUAACAAUGUGCAACUGUCAACACUGUCAUUAUUAACAAUGUGCAACUGUCAUCACUGCCGUUGUUAACAAUGUGCAACUGCCAUUAUUAACAAUGUGCAACUGUCAACACUGUCAUUAUUAACAAUGUGCAACUGUCAUCACUGCCGUUGUUAACAAUGUGCAACUGUCAACAAUGCAGUUAUUGUCAACUCUGCAGUUGCUGACAUUGUGCAACUGCUACUGACAUUGUGCAUCUUUUAACUCUUCAUCUGUUGACGUGAAACGGUCAAAUUCUUAUCUCAAUCACAGUCAUCACAAAGUACCUGUUUCACAAAGAUAUCUCUGAAUUUUAUGUAACACUUUGGGCUCUUGUGUCAACAUUUAUUCAACAUUCACAAGAAAUUAAUCCUCACAAGGGAAUUCCAGUCAUCUAUCUUUAUGGCGUGUCCGAUGUUUCCCUGUGAUUGUUUUGUUGAAUGGAGCUAAGGUCAUGAUUCAUAUGUAUUUUACAAGAAACAUGAUUAUUGAUAUUCCUCACUGUAUCAGUAUCGGACACUAAUAUACCAUGUGUUUGUGCCUUCAUAGUUCAUGACAAGCUCUUAGCCCUCACUGCAGUGGUGUGUGUGUGCCACGAUCACAACACACACACACUUCUGUCCUUGAAAGGGUUAAGUUCCACUACGUGUUGUCACUGUGGUAGAUAUCAGUAUUAGGAUGUUGAUAGUUUGUGCAAGUCUGUAAGGAGUUACCUCCCUUGGGCUACUGGCAAUUUUGAAUAUAUGCUCAGUGAGUGUACCAAUGUAUAGCAGUGUCUAGUAGCUUUUUCACUUGACAUUUGUACUUCGUUUUUGAAAUGCGGUGUUUCGUGUCUUUCAACUGCAGAGAUAUUGAUGUCAAUGCUUUUGCCACAGUUUUGUCGCCAAGCUUCAGCAGAAGUCAAACCACCCACCAGUCAAUGCUAUCAUCCCACUUCCAUCAACAUGAGCUUCACAGGUGCAUCACAGGUGCAUCACAGGUGCAUUACAUCAACAGGCAACAAAGUCAACAAUCUGGAAUUUUGAUCAUGUAAUUUUGACUUGCUUUUAGGAGUAACUGGUAACCAACAGAAUAUCAGAAUCAUCAUAAUAAUAACUAAAUCGACAUUUUUCUGUUAAUUUGUGAGUUAAUGCUAGAAAUAUUUAAACUUAAUCUACUAGUCAUCGAACAAUGAGUCAGGCAGCGUGAUCUAGUUGUCCGAGCUCUACACUUCAUAAUCAUGGUGGGGCGGUGGGGUAGCCUAAUGGUUAAAGCGUUGGCUCGUCACGCCGAAGACCCGGGUUCGAAUCCCCACAUGGGCACAAUGUGUGAAGCCCAUUUCUGGUGUCCCACGCCGUGAUGUUGCUGGAAUAUUGCUAAAAGCGGCGUAAAACCAUACUCAGUCAGUCAGUCAGUCAUAAUCUUGGUUCAGACUCACUACUGAGUUCAUUAUGCCUGUUGAAAUUUUGUGUGUUAAGGUAACUUUCCUUUAAGUAUAAAAGAAACAAAAUCAGACCUUUAUUGUUGGAAUUUGGGUGGAGGAAAACAAAUGUUACUGUUUGAACAUUAAAAUUCAUGACACUGUUGAGAUCUCAGCAGGGCUAUCAGCUAAAAAUAGAUUUACCAGUGUUGAUUGAGAAGUGAACGUAAGAUUUUCGUAGUGUAAAGACAGUGACAGCUAUUUGAGAAUAGCAUCACUGCAAUAUGACAAUCAGCACGUUUUCGUUCUGGCAAGGUAGCCUUGCUACAAGCAUGGGAAGCUGCACAUGACGGAGCAAGUGACGAGGAUGGGUUGGUGCUGCAUUGCUUGAAUAUACUUCAGGGUCUUAACAGUUUCCGCCAUUCCUCCUGGAUGAUAUUAGUAUGUCUGAUCUCACCCUGCAGGGAGGUGUGGUAUAAUGCUUGUAUACAAUCUUCAUGGUAUAUAUAUAUCUGAAAUGAGCCAGCUAUUUUCUAACAGUGUAAUAAUUCAUAUCCAGUGUUUUUAGUUACGGAAUAUCAAUAUAUUGUCUUCAUGUUCUAUAUGUAAAUGAGCCAGCUGUUUUUAUAUCAAUGUAUGAAUUCCUGAAUUGCACUGGUUCUCUGUGAGUACUGUUUUACCAUUCCAAGAGGAUACUUCAUAAACGGGUAUCUCUGCUGACUCUUGUCAAAUCUCAAUCCUACAUAUGUUAUCACAGAGAUUGACAACAGCAGACUGGAAGUUUACUGCACUGUAAUACAUGAUACGUAUAAUUUCAGAAUUUUCCUGUCAGUCGAAAUUUCUAAAUCGGUCUAGUCGAAUUCUCCAAAUUCUUCUGCAGUUGUCCGUUUUUGUUACAGUCACAGAGGCAGUGAUUUGAAGAAUCGUUUCGCAUCGAACAUUCCGCCGUGAAGAUUUUGUUAUCUUACCAUUAUGUUGUUGAGUCUUAUUACGUACGUGACUGUUUUGUCACAUUAAGAGGUCAUAGGUAUGACCGGUGUUUAUUGUGUCUCCGUCCCCAGCCGAUCAUUAUCGGCCUUGUAUAUCAUUUCUCACGUGCUUCAUUUAAUUUACAUCAAGUUGCAAACUCAGCAUAUUUUGUUGUGCAUCUUAGUCACUAGGGUUUUGUUCAUCGCUAUGGUUACCAUCCAUAGUCCAAAUGUUUGUAUGCAGAUGAGUAGAUUUUUAUCUUUUACUUUUUUUGGUAGUUUUAUAGAUUUCAUAAUUUAUUUGUAGAUUCCUUUCUCAGAUGAGAAUUCUGACAAUGUUUUAGUAGAAACUGUUGGCAGAAAGUGUCUUCUUCAAACAGAUAUAUCUAGUCAAGGUGAUAUAUUCCUUACAACUUUCUGUGAAUCUGUUGAAAUUUGGAGAUUACCUUCAUAAGAAGGGCUUAAUGUGGGUAAUAAUGGCAUAUUGCAGUGAAGAGAUGGGAGGCUGAUCAUAGGUAGAGAAUAAGACUUCUAGUAGAAUACAAUGGGUUGAAAGUGGGGAACAGCCAGCUUAAGGUAGAGAAUUAAGGCUUGUGCCCAGGGGGAAUGCUUAUGGUGGGGAAUAAGGGUUUAUAGGGGGAAAAUGAGGUAGAGCUAGCAAAUAAAGUGGAGAAUAAUGGCUUAUGGUGGGGAAUAUAAAACACUUACGUAGUUGAUAACAAUAACUAAGUAUGUGAUAUAGGGAAUAAAGCCUUGUUAUAUGUUGAUCAUGCUCUCCUCAGUGCUGCUAGUGGGCGGUGGGGUAGCCUAGUGGUUAAAGCUUUGGCUCGAAAAUGUAACAAAUUGAUUUGAUCUGGCUUAUUUUUGUCAAAGAAUAAUAUCAUGUCUUACUCAAAGAUCUUGUUUAUUCAAUGCCAAAUUAAGGUUUCAUGUUUUUCAUAAAAGAAUAUUGUCUCCUUAAUGGAAGGUGACCUAAACAUUUCAUGUUUUUGACAAUCAGUUUAAUAUAAAAUUACAUUUCAAGUUUAUUUAAUUGUUGUCAUAUCAUUUUCAGUUUUCAUACAGAUUGGUUCAUUUUUGAAAGGUUCACUUAAUGAUUUCAUGUUUUGUUAUUCCCAUAUGUUAAUGCUAGCGGUCACUGCCGAGAUCAGCCCACCAGUGUCACGUCACUGCCUGUGUGCCCACCAGUUUAUGUCUAAGUAUGCUCUGUAAACACAAUUAGCUGUUCGCUUGUGUACAAACUGCAUAUUUAUGUCCAUAUAUCCCAUGUCUGUGUGUCUACAGUCUUCACUACGCAUGAAGCAUUAUGUGAUUCUCUGCCGCUUCAGUCGGCCGUGGCAAAAUGUCAAAAUAAAUACAAAUUGCAAAGUA